UUGGAAUACCUGCAGGUAUCCUUACAAACGCGAGGUAGAGGUGUGAGAUUUGCACGGCUGUCAGCAUUAUGAUGCUACUCUGAUUCGACAUGGAGGAGUCAUAUUUUCCACCAUCUAUAGAUUGAGGGGGUUAUGUUUUGUUUUGUUCUAUCAGUGACCAUGAUGCUGUAGAAUUGAAUGCUAUACAUAUACAACCUCAACCACCUCUAAUUCAUACCCAAAAUCUCCAUUGCCAUCUAACAAUCUCCCAUCAAUCCACCGCCAAACACAGCCCUCAAAAUGACAAUCAACCACCUCUUCCUCAUGGUCCCCUCCAUCCAUGCCUCCACCCUGCGCACCUUCUAUCGACAGGCCCUCCGCCCCCUUUCCUACACCGAGCUCAUAGUAGCAAGCGAAACCUAUAUCGGCUACGGAAGCGACUACCCCUAUUUCUGGCUCAAACCCUAUACUUCGAAUGCGUCAACCGCAGCUCCGGUACCCACACACAUAGCAUUCGACGCACCAUCUCAACCAGCCGUUGAUGAGUUUUAUAAAGCUGCUUUGUAUGUAUUCUUUCUUCAUUUGACUACUUUUUUGGUAUAAUUUCGGCUUGAUUUCGAUUUUGUGAAUGGAAUGUGGGCUGAUUAUGAAAAGGGAAGCGGGAGGCACGGAUAAUGGCGCGCCGGGGAUUAGGAAGGAGUAUGGGAGACAGCCUUACUACGCUGCUUAUGUGAAAGAUGUCUUGGGGAAUAAUAUUGAGGCUGUUCAUGUUUCGAAAUGAUUAUGAUUUUUGGUCAAGAUAUGUAACAUACGAGACAUAAUCAGAAGCAGAGAAGAAGAAACGAAAAGGUGAUGAGGAACUGGGUUUGCAACCUGUACGCAGUUCACGAAAUUGUAUUGUUCACUCGCCUUGAAUGAUAUUUCAA